AUGUCGUGGUGGGUGUGGUGCGCCGCCGCCGCGCUCUGCGCCUGCGCGGUCGCUGAAGACAAGCGCGCUGAAAGUACCCCCCUCCCCUUCGUGCUGGGGUCCCGCUACGGGCGCUCCCCGGGCGCGGGCGCGGGCCCGGCCGGCGCACAGCGGCUCCUCGCCCCGAGAAACGAUAGGUUCUUCAUGGGCAGCCGCUACGGCAAGCGCUCGGAGCCGGACACCGUAGGGCCGGGCACGACACACGUGCGUCCACUGCUCUGCGAGUACACGGGGGUGUCACAGUUGUACCGCUGCGAACGAGCGCCCCCUCUUGUUGAUACGAGAAGCUCUGACGAGGGCGUAGAAGACUAAUACCCUUGCCGACCCCGCUCCCCGCACCUCCCGCGACCAUUCGGCUGUCUGACUCUUACACGUCACAACUAAUCAGCGGACUCCCUCACACAACUCAACGUAUCAUAUGUCUCAAAUGAGCCCACAGAUCUUCGUACACUGUUGACGGUUCUGUAGGCGCAAUGUUACUAGUGGCAUGUCAACUACUCAAAAUGUUCCUUACGAGGUUGUCAAUUAAUCUAACCCAGGAGUCUCCAAAAUCUUGCCCGUGAAAAAUGCUAAAUUCCAUAAAAUCCGGGUCGCAAAAAUGCCACCAUGGCCCACGGGUCAUAAAGAUUGGAGACCUCUUAAUUCAAAUCCAUAGGAUCGGAAUACUUUGGAUCCCUCGCUUUAGAUUUAAAAAAAUAAAUAAAAACUAAUUAUGAUAUAGUUUAGUAAAACAGUAAAGUUAAUACAGUAAAGUCCACAUUUAGAUUUGGUGGCCCAUGAGGGGAACUUCACCCGAGAUAUCAAGUGAGUCUGGCAGAUGGUGACGGAAGGAAUGCGACUGGUGGCUCCUGGAGUGAUCUGCGCUAGGAUAAUUAAUAUUAGAUAAUAACCCCCUUCGGAACCCAAUCCCUGGUGUUGCUAAGCGCUCGCUUUUUCUCUAUUAUAAAAAAGUAUAAACUGUAACUGUAAAGGAAUAUUCAUAGCGAUUAUAACUGUUGUAUAACAUAUAACUUAUUAUGUUUACUCGUUAUAUGACAGUUUUUUACAUGUCUACCAAAAAAGUCAUACGUUUACCAAAAAAGAUCAUAUAAAUUAUAAUUAUAAUAAUCUAUCUGAUGUUACUAGGAGCUACAUUUAAACUUCAAAAUUCCAAGACGUUAAUUUGACACUCGCGGUCCACCUACAUGUUGUUGUUGUUGUGUUAUAAAAGUUACAGUUUA